AUGACACAAAUGCCAAUGUAUUCUAAGUUCCUUAAGGAAAUCUUGAGUGGCAAAAGAGAGUGUAAUGAGAUUCACUCGGUAAAGGUUGGGGAGUGUUGUAGUGCUUUGAUUCACAGUGAUUUACCCAAAAAUAUGAAAGAUCCGGGUAAUUUUUCAAUCCCUUGCAAGAUAAAUGGAAAAUUGUGGCAAAAUGCUCUUUGUGAUCUUGGUGCCAGUGUUAGCAUAAUGCCUUAUUCAGUUUUUAGGAAGCUUAAGCUGGGUGAGCUUCUUCCAACCAACAUGACCUUACAAUUAGCUGACCAAUCUAUUAAGUUUCCUAAGGGAAGGGUUGAGGAUGUCCCCCUCAAGAUAGGUGAGUUUAUAAUUCCGGUUAACUUCAUCGUGCAUGAUAUAGCGGAAGAUGACAACAUACCUAUCAUCUUAGGGAGACCAUUCUUAGCUACUUUGGGAGCUUUGAUUGAUGUGAAAGGUGGCCUUAUUACUUUACGGGUUGGUAACAAUAAGAAUAUUUUUGAGCUUAAGUCGAUGCAUGAAUCUUUGACUUUUAUAAAGGGAAUUAUGUGUAUCAAUUCACCGCGUUCCAAUGAUAAUGUAUGCAUGUUUGUGUCUUCAACUAACGAUGUUCUUGAAGUUUGUGAUGAUGUGCCUUCAAGUGUUGAAAGCAAGAAGGUUUUUGAAGAUAACAUGAAGCCCUCAAAGGUUGUGGAUAAGGAGGUUGAAUUCAUGGGAAUAGGACCCCUCAAACGAACAUGA